UUGUGAAGAUAGAUAGAUAGCUAGCCAGGCUGCAAGAUCUACCUACCAUUCGCUUCGCCGCCGAUUAGAGCAACAUUCCGGCCAAGCAUGGCCUUUCGGGAGCAAGAGUCUUCCGGGACAACAUCUGGUCGGAGAACUGCCUCUGCUCGGAAGAAGCGCAGAUCCAGCCAACUGAAGCGGUUGCGGCCAGAAGAGAGGUCGCUGAACAAUUAUGUGCUCUGGCAUACAUACGUUUUGAUGGCCGUAACAGGCUUGGGCUACCUGGCGCUCCUAUGGUCGACUGUAGUCCUCCUGGGGGGCUUCGUCACCGUGCUGCGGAGCAAGGAUUUCUGGUGCCUCACAGCCAUUAGCAUGUUACAGGCAUCCAGGAUAUUCAACGACUUUGAGGACACCCUGUCCUCUCAUUUUCUUGAACUGUGGCUCAACGCUUGUGGGUGGUGGGCGAGAAUCAAUCAGGAUCUUAGGAAGAAAGUUGAUGCUAAAGAGCUGCCUCGGUGUUGCUACACUGCAUUUUCAUGGAGUUUUAUCCUAUGCCUUCCUGUUAUCUUUGUGAUCCUGGGCUUAGUGUACCUUAUACAGCUCGUCUACUUUUUUGGGCAUUUUGUCUGCGUCGUCCUCUCAUGGUGGCGCAUAAUACAGCGUGAUUAUGGAAGCAACGAUGGAGAUGGCAGCAAAGCAAACCUGAUGCCAGCUCUAGACAUAUUCUAUUCUUUGGUUCUCUGCCAAGGUGCAUUCUUGUUUAUAUGGCUGUGGCUCCAUCAUGGGGAGAUGUGGCCUGUCGUUUUUCUGCGACGAGCAUGCAAGUUCCCAGAGAAGUGGGGCAGCAGAUCGGUCUCAGAGUACCUCUUGGACACACAGGCGAAAUGCUGGCGGGACCCUGCGUCCAUCCAUGGCAGGAAAUUGAUCCACUACGCCGUCGACUUGCUGGGCUCUGAAUCACAGCAAGACUAUCUCUCGGGGGCAAGGAUGCUCGACACCUUCAUUAAGCUGGAUGCAGAUGUAAGAUCACUUCUUCUUCCCUCGAGGCCAAAGAUUCUGAAGCUGAUCGAUACACUGGGGUGGAGAAGCAGCGAUAGAGAGAUCAGGGAGCUCGCCGCCAGGAUUGUCGCCUAUCUUGCAGGUGACAUCCAUCUAGCCCAGUACCCUGGGGCAAUACGGACACAAUCAUUGCUCAACUCAAAAUAA